AUGGAGAGACUUGGCUGUAUCUAUCUCGUCCAUUUAUCUAUCUAUCUCCAGUCCUCUAGGCGUCCGUUUCUUUCUUGCCUUUUUUUCUUUCACUUGUUCUUUUUCCUUUUCUUUAUUUUUCUUACUUUUGAUCUUCUUUCUUUCCUUCUUUUUUCUUCUUUUAUUUUUCUUUCUUUCCUUCUUUUUCUUCUUUUAUUUUUCUUUCUUUCCUUCUUUUUCUUCUUUUAUUUUUCUUUCUUUCCUUCUUUUUCCUUCUUUUAUUUUUCUUCUUUCUUUCUUUUUUUUCCUAUUUUUUCUACCUUUUGCUCUGCUUUCUUUCCUUCUUUAUUCUUUCAAUCUUCUUUUCAUUACACUUCUUUUUUACUUUUUCUUUCUUUUACUCGUCCUUCUUUCAUUUUUCUCUUCUUUCGUUCUUUCUUUUCUUUUUCUUCCUUUUAUUCUUCUUUCUUUCCUUUUUCUUUCUUUUACUCUUUUUUCUUUCCAUCUUUGUCUUCUUUUCGUGUGUGUUUCUUUCCUUGUUUUUUCUUCCUUUUUCUCUUCUUUCUAUCAUUCUGUUUUCCUUUUGCCCUUUAUCUUUUUUGCUUUUUCUUUCUUUUCUCAUUUUCAUCCUUUUUUCGUUUUUUAUUCUUCUUUUUUCUUUUUCUUCUUUUUCUUCUUCUUUCCUUCUUUCUUUUUUUUCCUUCUUUUUCUUUCCUUUGUUCUUUUUCUUUCCUUUCUUUCUUUUCCCUUCAUUCUGUCCUUCUCACAGUUUUUUCUUUACACAAAAUCGUCUUUACUUUUCUUUCAUUCUUUUUCUCUCUUUCUUACUUUUCUCUUUGUUUCUUUUCUCUUUCUUUUUUCUUUCUUUCUUUUUUCUCUUUCUCUCUUUCAUUCUUUCUUUCUUUACACCUACACUUCUUUGUUUCCCCUUCAUUCUCUAUUUCUUCUUUCAUACUUCUAAAAUAUUUCUUUUUUCGUUAUUUUUCAUUUUCUUUCUUUGUUUCUUUGUUUCUUUACACCUACAAUUAUUUUUCCUUCUUUCUCUCUUUCUUCUUUCAUAUUUUUAAAACAUUUCCUUCCUCGCUUUCUUCUUUCUUUCUUUUUUUCUCUCUCUCACUUUCUUUCUUUCUUUUUCUUUCUUUCUUUCUUUCUUUCUUUCUUUCUUUAUCUUUCUUUCUUUCUUUAUUUUUUCUUUCUUUCUUUACAGUUACACAUCUUUUUUCGCUUCUUUCUUUCUUCUUUCAUACUUUUAAAACAUUUCUUUCCUCGCUUUCUUCUUUCUUUAUUUCUUUUUCUCUCUUUUUUCUUUUUUCUCUCACUUUCUUUCUUUCUUUCUUUCUUUUCUUUCUUUGUUUUGCUUUCUUUCUUUCUUUCUUUACACUUACACUUCUUUUUCCCUUCUUUCUCUCUUUUUUCUUUCAUACUUUUAAAACAUUUCUUUCUUCGCUAUUUUUUACUUUAUUUCUUUUCUUUCAUUCUUUCUCAUUCUUUCUUUCUUUCUUUCUUUCUUUCUUUCUUUCUUUCUUUCUUUCUUUUCAUCUCACCUUCUGA